UGCGACUACUGCGGGCACCACCAGACGAACAAGCGCGCCCCGGACAUGGUGCGCCACAUCAUGUCGCACUUCCGCGCGCAGAUGCAGGCGCAGUGGGUCUGCUGCGGGGUGCCCAAGCACGAGGCGCAGGAGUACGGCGUCGACCCGACGCGCAACCCGUGGGUGUUCAAGGGGCAGGUCUUGGUCGGGGGGUGCCACGAGGGCUUCAGUCGCAUGGACGCGCUGAAGCGGCACUGGAACAACCCGAACGUCCAGUGCAACGGGAGCGUCCAGUGGUCGCGUCCUGGGGACGAGUGA